AUGACGGACUCCCUGGCGAAGGCAGUUGUGCGCGGCGACGCUGAUGAAGUGAGGAGACUGCUGGAAGAAGGCGCAGAUCCUGCAGCGUUUAACAGGAAAGGAAUGACUGCGCUGCAUCUCGCUGCGCAAGAGGGGGACCCAGACGUUCUGACGGCGGUUUUAGAGUCCCCUUACAUCUCUAUCAAUGCUGCAGAUAGAGACAAAGGGCUUACUGCUCUGAUGCAUGCAGUGUGCGGGUGUCAAGGUGACCCCUUCAUCGUCAGGCAGGCUCUUGGACAGACCGGCGUCAUAACGCUUCUUCUUAAUCGAGGAGUCCCCCGAGAAGCUCUCAACGCUGCAGGAGACACCCCCUUGCUCAUUGCCCUGAAGGAAGGAAAUGAAGAGGCCGCGUUGCUGCUGCUGCAACGCGGCGCAUGCCCCAACACGAAAGAUUCCCGGGGAGCAUCGCCUCUACAGAUAGCGCUUAGCAGCCGCUUGCUCUCCGCUGCCGUGGAGAUACUCAACAGCAAGAAGUUCACAGCUGCGGGCUGCGUGGAUAACGAGGGCAACACACCGCUGCACACUGCUGCGGAAGAGGGCUUGAGCAGCCUUAUGAAGCUUCUCCAGGAGGCGGGAUUUUCUAUGGAAACACCCAACAUGGCUGGUAAAUGACAAGAGCCGCACCGGCAACCACUGUGCGUCUGCGUGAGUCCAGGAGCGACGCCCGCCACGAUCGUCGAAAUGCGGCAGCGCCAGCAGGAGGAGAGGGGCGAGAGAAAGCGACAGCAAGCAGUAGCAGCGAUGCAGCAGACAGAAGUGACCGCAUUCUGUGCAGCUGCUGCGCUCUCGGAGUCAGUGCAAGAGGCCUUUUUCAAGAAGCGCUUUCUCUAUGUGGACGAGGCAUUCCUUACGUUGGAUGACGCUUCACUGCGGAAGAUGGGUCUUAGCGCUUCAGAGCGUCUCCGCUUCAAGGAGAACAACGGCAACAGGGUGCGUUUUCCUGUUGUUGCUGCUGCUCGCUUUGCGGCUGCCCAUAGUCCUCCUGGCGCCAACGUCGGCUGCUCUUCUUCCCCUCUCGCAUGUGUCUUCGUUCUCCUCGCAUCCAUUGUUCUGCUGUACUUGGGCUUAGAGUUUGUAGUUAUCAAACAGCAACGCUAA